GCUGUAUACAGACUGCAGCAUAGCCGGGAUCCACUGGCCUGUCUGCUUCUCGGUUUCCGAAAAAGGCGAUACAAGCAAGGGCGGAGCAACUAAUUCAAAUCAAAUAGCGAUUUCCCACUGUUGGUAGCCUAGGUUAAGUAUUCCGCAGCCUAGUAGACGUUGACUGAACUAAUACUACACACCGCGGGGCGUCCCAGGUCUACCAACCGAAGACUUUUAUAGAGUUUCUGCCACAACCUGCUACCCUGAAGAGUGACGAGUUGACCAACUAGUGGGCAGUCGGUCGACACAUAAUCGUUGACAUAUUCAAUGAAUUUUCCUCAUUGGGCUUUUAUGGACACCUGGAAGUGUCGCACCGUACCUGUCAAAAGAAGACAAGUGUGUCAGUCUGACAAUGCACAACGACAGCGCGUGCACGUCUUCAGUGAGCUACAGCAACGCAGCUAGCUAGCUACAGUUUUUUUUAGCAAGCUAACCAAUCGCCAGAUUGAUGCAGAGGUCGGUCUGUGUGAAAUUGGAAGACAGGGCUUACAGGACAACGGAGCCUAGCUGCAAUACAGUCUGCUUCAUUUUAUUCUCCUCGGAACCACUAAGUUAGCUAAGUUAUUAGCUAGCUCGUUAGCUGACGUAUAGCUAGUCUACUAAUUGCACAAGGUCGGUAGCGCGUUAAUGGCUUAAAGUCAAAACCGAAAACAUCCCGUCGCCAGGCGUCCAGAAGGCAAGACUGAAAAAGGCGGGUUCUACACGACUACACGGUCCCUACAGCUACCAAGUGACCGAGAACUUGUCCAAAGCAGAUGUGACAGAUGUUUUGCCUAUCCAGUUUGUGGAAGUUGACCUCAACUAGUCAACUUUAUCUCUCUAGCUACCGUGGGUGAUGGAUUUUCCACGCGUCGCGUGUGGACACAACCGCUUAUCGUUGUAUUAGCAGUUAGCCUCUCUAGUCUAGAUUUACAUUUUCAAAGAAAAUGUGUUAGCCUGCCAAUCCUGGUUAGCCCAAGAAAAUCAUUUGACCACUACAAUCCGUUAAUCAACCGGUCUCCUCCAGAAAAUCAACCCUUCCACCUGAGAAAAUGAAGAGAUCCGAAAAUAAACACAAAAGAAAACUGUUGGACCAUCAGGGUAAUCCAAGAGAAGACAGCGAUGCGAGGGAGUAUGCUCCUCCCCCUCCCCUGCUGUUCAGGAAGUUGAGUAACCCUGACCUGUCUCCAGCCGCCAACAAGACCAAGAUCUACCGGCAGCUGAGCCAGGAUGAGAGCCACGCCCGGCGCAGCGGCAUGACCAUGACUGGUAAGCAGCUCCUGCCGCUCUCCAGCAGUGUGCACGGGGGCGUGAGCCAGCUGCCGGGCAGGGUCCCGGGGAGCUUAACAACCUGGUCCUCAUGAGGAACCAGACCCUGGGACAGUCUGCCCCCUCUCUCACAGGCCUGGUGAGUCAGUACACACACACACACUCUCAGACACACACACACUC